AAUAUCGAUGUUUGUAUGCUGGAAUAAAGAGGUAGAGGGCCCCAUGGGUUAUAAGGGGAAGGGAGACUCCUCGGCAGGACUUGGGCCGUAGUCUCAGUCCAUUGUUGCUCGACCAUGGCGAUCCACGUCGUGCUGGCCACGCUCCUCGCUGCCACCUCCGUUCUCGGAGCCCCCACGGCCGACUGCCCAGAGCCCUACGGCGUGCAGACCUACGCCCACCCUGAGUACUGCGACCACUUCUUCAAGUGCACCAAUGGCACCCUGACCCUCGAGCAGUGCGAAAAUGGACUCCUGUACGACGGAAAGGGCAAUGUUCACGAGCACUGCAACUACCACUGGGCCGUUGAAUGUGGCACCAGGAAGGCUGAAUUGGUUCCCAUCAACGCUCCCGGCUGCGAGUUCGCUUUCGGAAUCUACCCCAACGCUCCCUGCAGUACCACAUACAACAAGUGCGCGUUCGGUGUUCCCCAUGAAGCCCACUGCGAGGCUGGCCUCGCUUACGACGACAGGACUCACUCCUGCAACUGGCCCGAUCUGCUUCUUGAUGUUUGCAACCCCGAAGCUGUUGUUGGAUUCAAGUGCCCUGAGAAGGUCGACCCUAAAUCUGUUUCUGCCAAAUUCAACCCCUACCCCCGUUUCAACAUUGGCGAGUGCGGCCGUCUCGUGACCUGCGUCAACGGAUACCCCAGAAUUGUUUCUUGCGGAGAAGGAAAGGUGGUCAACGACGAGUCUCUCACUUGUGAUGAACCCGAGUAUUCUGCCAGAUGUGCCAACUACUUCCACUAAAAGUGUAGCGCACCAGAAGGAGGAUGAUACUCAUAGUUGAAUUUUUAUAUAUAAAAAUCAUUACACGCCAAGAGUUUUUGCUAAAAUAAAUGUCUAUAUUCUCCCAGAAAAAAAAGAAUGACACGUGACAUCGAGUGCAAUUUUAGAGAAGCAAAAACAAGUACAAUACCAUGAACUGUCAACAAGAUAUAAAAUACAAGAUUGUAACAACACCAUCAAA